AAGACCGAAAAAUACUCGAACCGGCAUGAAGAAAACCGGGUCUCCGGUUAAUAAAGCCACCGGCAAAUUUAAAAUUCAUCUUUCGUCGUCUUCGUCCCGUACAUUCAUUCGCCGCUGCUCUAAAAUCAACAACGAUGUUCCUUCCCCGCGUGAACGGCACGCGCUUUCGUCCACUCAUAGCUUCUCGUCGUCUCUUCUCCGCCUCCGCCGCUUCUCUCCAGCAAUACUGCACGGAGAAGCCCACGAUCAAACCGUGGCCGCAGAGGCUAUUCCCGAAGCGAUUGGUCUCAAUGAUCACCCAACAGCAGAACAUCGAUCUCGCUCUCCAGAUAUUUCUCUACGCCGGUAAAUCCCAUCCUGGUUUCACUCAUAAUUACGAUACUUACCACUCAAUUCUCUUCAAACUAUCCCGUGCUCGUGCUUUCGAUCCCGUGGAGUCUCUCAUGGCGGAUCUUCGGAAUUCAUACCCGCCGAUUAAAUGCGGCGAGAAUCUUUUCAUCGACUUGCUUCGAAACUACGGUCUCGCUGGUCGAUACGAAUCUUCAAUGAGGAUCUUUCUUCGAAUCCCUGAUUUCGGUGUUAAACGCUCCGUUAGAUCGUUAAACACACUCUUAAACGUUCUAAUCCAGAAUCAGAGAUUCGAUUUGGUUCAUGCCAUGUUUAAGAACAGUAAGGAGUCUUUUGGAAUCACCCCGAACAUCUUCACUUGUAAUCUACUCGUCAAAGCUCUCUGCAAGAAAAAUGAUAUAGAAAGUGCAUAUAAAGUGCUCGACGAAAUUCCUGCAAUGGGUUUGGUGCCAAAUUUGGUGACUUACACUACGAUUUUAGGUGGGUACGUUGCUAGAGGUGAUAUGGAAUCGGCUAAGAGGGUUUUGGAAGAGAUGUUGGAUCGUGGGUGGUAUCCGGAUGCGAUCACUUACACGGUUCUCAUGGAUGGUUACUGUAAGUUAGGGAGAUUCUCUGAGGCAGCUACGGUGAUGGAUGAUAUGGAAAAGAACGAGAUUGAGCCAAAUGAAGUAACUUAUGGAGUUAUGAUCAGAGCUUUAUGCAAGGAGAAGAAAUCCGGGGAAGCACGUAACAUGUUCGAUGAAAUGCUUGACAGAAGUUUUAUGCCAGAUUCUUCUCUUUGUUGUAAAGUUAUUGAUGCGUUGUGUGAAGAUCACAAGGUAGAUGAAGCAUGUGGUCUGUGGAGAAAAAUGUUGAAGAACAAUUGUAUGCCUGAUAAUGCGCUUCUGAGCACUCUCAUCCAUUGGCUUUGCAAAGAAGGGAGAGUUUCAGAAGCGAGGAAAUUGUUCGAUGAGUUUGACAAAGGCUCGAUCCCUAGUCUUUUGACGUACAACACGUUAAUUGCUGGAAUGUGCGAGAAGGGUGAGUUGACAGAGGCGGGUAGAUUAUGGGACGACAUGUUUGAGAGGAAAUGUAAGCCGAAUGCUUUCACAUAUAACGUUUUGAUUGAAGGCUUGUCCAAGAACGGAAAUGUUAAAGAAGGAGUCAGGGUACUUGAAGAGAUGCUGGAGAGUGGUUGCUUUCCCAACAAAACAACGUUCUUGAUAUUGUUCGAGGGGUUGCAGAAGUUAGGAAAAGAAGAGGAUGCGAUUAAGAUUGUUUCAAUGGCUGUUAUGAAUGGGAAAGUUGAUAAAGAGUCUUGGGAACUUUUCUUGAAUAAGUUUGUUGGUGAACUAGAUAAAGGGGUUUUGGCUCUUAAAGAGUUGUUGCAUGAAAUUUCUGUCUCUUGAAGAACCAAGACUAUGAUCAAUACUCAAUGCUCAAAAGGCUUUAUCGAUGUUGAUGUCCUCAAGGGCCAAAGGCUCUUGUGGCAGUUGAAGGGAAGAGAAGCAGCCAGCGAGUCAAGGCCGCUUAAGAUUCAGCAUCCAUGUUCCAGUUCAAGCUAUCGUGCAAUCAAGCAGCUGACAUUGAUGUAUAAAGCGAAUCAAAUCGCAAAUUCACCUAACACCACGAUACUUGCCUUGUGUCCAUCCCUAGUCUAUUUGUUACUGUUUGAUAUCAAUAAUGUUUAUAAUGUUUUUUCUACAAAAUUACAUUAUCAGAUUAUUGUAACUAAUUUAGGAAAAAACAGAUUUUUUUGUUUACUCUAUAUUUUAGAAAACAAAUUUGAAAUUUCAUU